GCCCAUCUCUACCAAAAAUUUCAUUCCCCCCCUCCUUCCUCUUCCCACACCUUCCUCUUUAUAUCUUUUUUAUCCUUCCCGCAGAGACGGAGAUAGAAGAAGGGGACCAACCAACCCCUUCAUUGCCUCUGAAGCCAUGUCCAACCCCAGGUCGCUUCCUCCCGGCUUUCGGUUCCAUCCGACCGACGAAGAGCUCAUCCUUCACUACCUGAGGAAUCGAGCAGCGUCGGUGCCGUGCCCUGUUUCGAUCAUCGCCGAGGUCGAUAUCUACAAGUUUGAUCCAUGGGACCUUCCUGCUAAGGCGAUGUUUGGGGAUCGAGAGUGGUACUUCUUUAGCCCGAGGGACCGCAAGUACCCGAACGGGAUACGCCCAAACCGGGCAGCGGCAUCUGGGUACUGGAAGGCAACUGGAACUGAUAAGCCGAUCCGUACGAGCAAAGGGAAUGAGAAUAUUGGCGUUAAGAAGGCCUUGGUGUUCUACAUGGGUAGGCCACCUAAGGGAUUGAAGACCAACUGGAUCAUGCAUGAGUAUCGCCUUUUUGAAGCUCAGAACAGCAACAACUACAAGCCCAUGAAGUUUAGAGACUCUUCCAUGAGGUUGGAUGACUGGGUCCUUUGUCGAAUCUACAAGAAGAGCAACCAUCUCCCGUCGGUUCCACCACCAAUGGAUCGAGAGCAAGAAGACUCGGGCAUCGAAGACAACUACCACUCAAACUUAACGAGCAUCCCACAACAAAACCCUCCAAGGCUGCAUAAGUCUUCCUCUUUAUGUGAACUGCUUGAGGACUACUCCUCACUCUCACAUCUAUUUGAUAACCAGCCUGAAAUGGCAGGAUCAUCAGACCACGCUUACAUUAUGGGUCCGCCAAGUUCAAACCAACUCUUCAUUGAUAGCAGUGGCAAGUACAACUUAGCUCAGCAGCUCCCCCAAGCAGAACCCUCGGCUCCAAAUGCUGAAAACUCUUCAAAGCGCCAGAGAAUGUCGGACAUUUACUCAGAGGAGAACAAUGGGGUGUUAAACCCAUCAAAGAACCGCAAUGAUUCAUUCAUUUGCCCAAACUUCUCCAACCAGUUUGACGGCCCUCAGUGCAACUUGCUAAACCAGCCAUUCUUCGGUCAGCAAAUAUUACUCAAUUCUCACCUGGGGUUGCACUGAACUCAGUCACAUUAAUUAUACUUGCAUAAAUCACGGAUAUCAAGUCAGAAGGAAAAGGAAAGAGCAUAAAAGAUCGUUUUGUUAGUCAUGAGAUAGGCCGUCUUUUUGUUUAGAAACUUUGCCUUGUCUCGAGAGGGUAUGGUCAGAGAUCCAACAGGAAGGGUGGAGUGGUGUCAAAGGGGAUGCCUCAAAGAGAGCCUGGUGUUAGAUGGACCCCGGUAAGAUCACAAAAUUAUUUAGGAGAAUCUACUGGGUCAAUUAGAGGACUGGUCUUGUCGAGAUCAUGUGGUUUGAAAUGGAUGCAUGAUUUCUUCUUCUUUUUUUUAUAAUAAAGUCAGACGAUGUUCAUGUCCCGAUCACA